AUGACUUCAGAUGAUCAUGACUUCAUCAUCGAAAGUGGUAAAGUUUUAGAAAUGUUUAACAGACGUGGUUACCCUGAUAUGUUAUUACAAGAGAUGUUUGAUUUAGUGGCCCAGGGAAGAAAAGAUAGAUUUGCCCCUAUUUUAGGACAAACCAUUCAAGCUGCAGGACAUACAAAUACCCACAUGAAUGAGCUUAAGAAAUGGGAUGAUGCAUUCAUUUUAGAUUAUUCAUGGGAUGCAGCUGUAAUUAAGGAAGUUAUUUUAAUGAGUGGAACAGCCAUGGAAACAGUAACUGACCUUUUUAACUCAAGCACUUUUGGUUUUGUUUCCAUAUUUAUUUUGGCUUCCAAUGAUAGUUUGUUUCCUAAAACUGCUCCUCUUCCUCAGUUUACUGGUGCCAUAUUAGUGGUUCUAGUUAUAAUGAUGGCGACAGCAGCAGCUUUGAUAACAGUUGGAAAUGCUUUGGUUUUCCUUGCCUUUAUAGUAGAUAAAAGGCUUAGAACACCAAGUAACUUGUAUCUUCUCAGUUUGGCUCUAGGAGACUUUUCUGUAGGUGUAGUCUCCAUUCCGUUUUUUAUACCAUAUGGGCUAUGUGGAACUUGGAUGUUUGGAAAAGAACUUUGCAAAUUCUGGAUGGUAAUGGACUACACUACGUGUGCAGCUUCAGUUUUCACCAUUGUGAUUAUCAGUUAUGACCGACAUCUCUCUGUCACUAAACCAGUUGAACAUCGGGCUCAGCAAGAUAAGACGUGUAAUGCCAUCACUAGGAUCACUGCUAUAUGGCUGCUUGCAUUCAUUAUUUAUGGUCCAUCUCUGAUUUUUUGGAAUAUUAUCACAGGCCAAUCACAAGUACCUAGUGACCAGUGUUUUGCUGAAUUUGCAUAUAGCUGGUACUUUUUAGUUUGCUUUUCAUCAUGCAAUUUUUUAAUUCCUUUCUUUAGUGUGAGUUAUUUCAACAUUGGUAUAUAUUGGAAUAUCAAAAAGCGAACUCAGAAAAGACAAAUUAAGGUAAUUAAUAAGAUGCGGCUAGAAUCAAAAGCUGAAAGAGAAGACACAUGUUUGUCCUUUAUAAAACUAUACAAGCGUUCACUAAAGGAAAAACUAGUCUGUUCUACUUCUGUGACUAAGGAAUCUGCUAUUACGAAAUGCUCCCGACAGGCUAUUACAGUGGUAAAACUGGACAAAAACACUGGCAAUCUGAACUACAGACACAUUUCAUCAACGGUAGAUGAGCAGAAAACACCAUCUCAAAGUUCUGCAUUAAGAUUGUCGAAGGACAAAAAAAUUGCAAAGUCUCUUGCUCUGCUUGUUUGUAUUUUUGGCAUUUGCUGGGCACCAUACACACUGUUUGCAAUUAUUAAUUCAAUCAAUUGGAGUGACAGUGAAUAUUACUGGGCUGGUAUCACAUCAUGGUGUAUAUGGCUGAACUCUCUCAUAAAUCCUGUUUUGUAUCCAUUGUGCCAUAGCAGUUUUCGAAGAGCAUUCUGUAAAAUACUUUGCCUUAAAUAA